AUGAACAUACAAUGUUUUAUAGUCAUUAUCGGCGUUUCUAGAGUGCUUUCGCAAAAUGAAGAUUGCACUACAAAUACUAGCCGAUGUGACUAUAAGUUAAGUAUAAAGCAGUUGUCUCAUACUCUAGCUACCAAGUUAACAGAAUAUACUGUCAAAGAAUUAGGAAGCGAGUAUACAUCGCAUUUAGAAGUACGAACUGCAUACAAAUUGAACUAUGAUACAACAGAUGCAUUGCUCUCCAACAUAGUAGAAAAACUUAACUAUAAACUUUCUUCAGCAGUGAAUAUACUUUUGGAUAUGAAGGAAUCUCUUGAUUUGAAUAAUACACUUACUUUUACUCAUCCAUGCCCCUUUAAUUCUAUCAGAAAAUCAGUUUUUGUUAAACCAAGUUAUGUUUCUAAAGAUCCCCAGAUAAAUAUGCUUGAACGCUUUAAAGAUUUGAAGAUUAAAAGACAAUACUUUUUAGCGCACAUUGAUUAUGGCACAGACAAAGAUUGUACAAAUAUACCUCAUUCUAAUUUACGGUAUUUAUACCAUAAAGUUAUUCAUGGAAGCCCUAAAUUGGUUGUUUUCAUCAUUGAUAAUAAUAUGAGAAUGGAAUCAUUACAACAUGCUAUUAAUAUUGCUAAAGAAACUGUAUAUGCUUUGCAAUCUAUAGAUAUGAUUGCUUUAAAGAUUACUAAUAUGACAAGCUUUAUCAAGUUUGAAGAUAUAUGCAGUAAUGAUGAUGUGUCCAAUAUUGGUAAUGCUACAGAGAGUAACAAAUUAUUGUUUCGUGAAUAUUUGUCAACAAUAGAUUUUUCAUCUACAAGUCUUCCACCUCAAAUAAUUGGAAGAGAAUUAAAAACACUCUUGAAUGGAACACAUUUACCGGAAAACAAAUUAUUAAUUUUUCUGACAGAUACAAAAGUAAUGGAUAACGAUAUAUGGUUAAAGAUAUUCCCACAUUCAACAAAUGAAAAUGUAAAGUUUGCCAUUGGUUUACUGUAUGAAAACUACAUUGAUAAAAAUUGUUCUUUGGGUAUCUUACACUUUGACAAGUGGCACAAUCAUUCUAAUAAUCAUUCUGUUAUGAAAAUGCAUAUCAAUGACAGUGGAGUGAUUGGCCAAGUAGCCUCUGCAUUUAUAUCAUUGCUGCCUAAUAAAUAUGAACAGCAACUGAAAGUGGAAUUACCUAUUUGGGAAGCAACAGAAAGGGAUUUCAUUGUUUCUAUGGUUAUUCCAACAUCAAGCGGUAUCCUUGGUUUGGAUUUAUACUGGUCUGACCUUGCCGAAGAUAUAAUUUAUUUUAAAGGAAACAUUCAAAGGCGAGCAUUUGUCAUGGAUUUUUCAGGUAAAAUUCUUAUGCAUACAUACUUUCCAAGACCUGAAGCCAUUUCGGAAAAAAUUAAAUUUACAACUUUGGAUAAAAUUGAAACCUCUCCAUUUAUUGAAAAUGUCAUGCAAGAAAUGCUUUUAAACAGUUCAGGUAAUAUGACUGUAAUUAAGAAUAAUACAACAAGUAAAAUCACUUAUUCAUGGAAAUGGGUAAGACAACUCUAUAUUGCUUGUAUUGUUUUUGAGGAAUCAAAUUCUACAAUAUUUAAUAUGUCAAAUACCUUUCUUUCUAGAACAAAUAAAGAGAUUCUUUUUCAUAGAAUAGAUUUAUUUCCUCCAAGGACUGGUAGGAUUUGUAGACAUUUUAAACAGAUAUCAACUAUUGAACAGGGUACUGUGUACUUAAGUCCUUCUAGUUUUCAAUCACCAUUUACUUAUCUCUAUGAUAUGAGCGAUGGUCAAGAGGCUAUAACAUAUAUGCAGAAUUACUUAGCUUAUCUUAGGAGUGUUGCUCAUGGUUUGUUAUCGAAUCCUGGCCUGAAAAGUGAAAUACAACAUGAUGUAGGCUUUUUAAAUUCUAUAUUAUCUUUUUAUAAGAGACAACACUUGCAUGGUAGCCUUUCCAAAUAUGUAGUCAGGAGGUAUGCAGUUACAGAUAGUGGAGUCCUUGUAAUGUUUCCUGGAACUGUGUUAGAAUAUGAUUAUGAACCAGUGAGAAGACCCUGGUACACACAUGCUAUAGAAAAUCCUGGAAAAAUCAUAUUAACUUCUCCUAAUUUGGAUGUUGGUGGUGCAGGAUAUAUUGUUACAAUUUCGUUUUCUAUUAAAAGCCCUAGUUAUCCUGCCAUGGUAGUAGCCAUGGAUGUUACUAUGGGAUUUUUAUACAAAAUUCUGAUAGAUAGUUCACCUCUAUGUUCCAUGUCAUAUAACAAAUGUUUUAUCAUGAAUAAUAGGGGUUAUUUAGUGUCCCAUCCUGGUCUAAUGGAUCCAAAUAGUUCAGGCCCAAUUGAGCAACAACAUAUAACACAUAAAGAAUCAAUGAUUGCAAUUGAUAUGUUAAAUCACAAAGGGUUUGUUACUAAAAGGUUAUGCAACAAUUUCUAUGAUAAAACAAUUCAAAGAUACUAUGAUUUCAACACAUCCUUGUCCUCUGUCCUAUCAAAUGUUGUAUCCACAGAUCAUUGUGUACACUAUUAUAUAACUGCUAUACCUGGUACUAACGCAUUCAUUGGCCUCAUUAAUGCAUCAUGCAGUGUUGGCGCCUUUUGCCCAUGCAGUAUGGUAGAUCGUCUAUGUUUAAAUUGUAAUCGUAUGGAACAAACGGAAUGCGAAUGCCCUUGCGAGUGUAGCUCGGAACAGUUUGAGUGUCCAAAUUCAAACGCUUCAAAUUUCAUCCAGAAUGUACCGCUGUGCGGAAUUACUCCCGAAAGUAAUAAUCAUAAAUCCCACUACUUCCACAAUGUAGCUGAAAAUCUUAAGUCAUGCUUUGAUUUUCAGUGUGAGGCAUAUCUCACGCAUUCCGCUUGUCUGGGUGUAUUAGGCUGCGAAUGGUGUCAAAUUGAUGCCGAUGGGCGAUCCCCUUUGACAACUCCUUUCUGUACGUCACAGUCUACAUGCUUUAAUGGUGUGUUGGGUGCUGUGACUCCAUAUGGAGAGGGUACCUUUGGUCAUAUAAAUAAAGAUGCAUUUGCUAGUUAUUCAGCCAUAGGUCCAAUAGCAGGGUUUAUUGUAACAGUCAGUUUGAUAAUAGCUGUAGCAACAUACUGUUAUAAACAGAAUACCUCAACUGCAAGUUGUCACAAUUUAUACGUUGACGGUCCUGCUGAAACAUGGCAUGAUGCUGAUGUGCAGAUGGGUAAUUUACAAUCUGAUGAUAUGCACGAUGCUUCUGGACAAGACAAGCUAUUACCAGCUUUGGAAAUUGAAGCUCCAAUAUCUCCCUACCGUGUUAUAACGGGAUAUAGACGGCCUCACACAGCUGGGGGCUCAGAUCAGGGUUACUCUACAAUGACACCUCAUGAGGAUUCAGAAGCAACUGGCUUUUCUGUAAAUGAUCCAACCGUACUUUCAGAUGAUACAAAGUCUGAUGUUAGUUUUCCUCCUCCGGCUAGGGUUAAACCACGGCUUAUGCAGACAGAUUUAACCAUGACUGUAUUACCGUGUGGAAAGAAUAGCGUUAUAGCCCCUGUGACCGUCCACAGAAACAUGGAAGCUUCUUAG